UCUCUUCAGAGAGAAGACAGCUGAUCAGAUAGUCUCUUUGCUGUGCACUACUAGGCAAAUAACUGAGAUUGCACGUUCUUCCCUAACACUUGUGUUUUGUUUUUUUUAAUCUUUUCCUCACCUUAAGCUGAUGCCUGUUGGAUGAGGCUGGGAAGACAGGAGCACUGGGUUUAAAGGAACGUAAAUGCCUGCCAAGAUGGCACUGGCCAGUUCACUUUCUGGCAAGCCAGUGCCACCACGCUCCAAAAAAGUUUCUACGGCAGGAGUGGAAGUGCACCAGAGCAAGCUGGAUUUUUUCUGCAAGCUGGGCUAUGGUAAGCAAGACAUCUGCAAAGUGCUGGAGAACCUGGGCCAAGAGGCCCUGGAGGAUGAUGUGCUGAAAGAGCUUAUUCGGAUGGGGAGCAAACCUCAAGCUCUGGAGAGCCAAGCUCAACCUUCCCCACUAAAACUUGUUGCCCGUGGAUCAUGUAGCACUUCACCAGCGUCGAAGUGGCUUGGAGAAGAUGACAGUGAUUCUACUGAUCAUUUAAGACCCAUUGUGAUCGAUGGCAGCAAUGUUGCAAUGAGUCACGGAAACAAAGAGGUAUUCUCCUGCUGGGGAAUCCAGCUGGCAGUGGACUGGUUUCGAGAAAGGGGGCACACAUACAUCAAAGUUUUUGUCCCACUCUGGAGAAAGGAGCCCCCUCGACAGGACAGUCCAAUUGCAGACCAGCACAUUCUUGAAGAGCUUGAAAAGCAAUCAAUUCUUGUGUACACCCCAUCCCGAAAGGUGAAAGGCAAGAGGGUAGUUUGCUACGACGAUCGCUAUAUCGUGAAAGUUGCUUAUGAGAAAGACGGAGUCAUUGUUUCCAAUGACCAUUAUCGGGACCUCCAGAAUGAAAACCCUGAGUGGAAAUGGUUUAUUGAGCAACGACUACUCAUGUACUCUUUUGUCAGUAACAGAUUUAUGCCUCCUGAUGAUCCGUUAGGCCGGCAUGGACCCACUCUUAAUAACUUCCUCAGCAAAAAGCCAGUGCUUCCUGAACCAAAAUGGCAGCCGUGUCCCUAUGGUAAAAAAUGCACCUAUGGCAAUAAAUGCAAAUUUUACCACCCGGAGAGACCACAUCAAGCUCAGCUCUCAGUUGCUGAUGAGCUCAGGGCCAAAAUAAAGGUUCCAUUAAGUCUGGGGAAAGAGGAGAAGUGUAACCGCUCGCCGUACAGGACCGGAGGAGAGCCUGCACUGCCUGACGCAGGCACAGAAAUGCUGCGAGAAGCCAGCGGCUGUGCAGGAGCUUCCUGCUACCCAGGGUGGUCCCGGGGCAGCCGUCCUGAGCUGCCAUCUGGCACCUGGGCUGGUGGCCCCAGCUCUGACCUGGGGCUGGACCAGCGGUUGCUACAGCUGGAGCCACUGCGAGACCAGCCGCUCCUGGAGAAGAUGUCAGCGUUAUCCAUCGGCGAUGACACCUACGGCUACAAUCGGUCCAUACAUACCUCUCAGGACAGAGAGGUGACGGACAGCCAUCAUCGCUGCAGUGACCUCAGGCACAACCCAUACUCGCUUCAUCACCCCCACAGCUUGGACUGCACCUGCCUACCGGGAUGCCCUUUCCAGCAUGCGGUGCUCCCUCCUGUGCGGGGCGGGAGGGUCCCAGACCACAGCUGGCCUCAGGAGUGCUGCGGCAUGCACGGGAUGGGUCAGAGGAGCCGCUACGUCCCUGAUGGCGCUCAGCACAAACAGGCCCUGGAGACUCAGCACCACGUUUUGCCGCAGACCGCAGCUCUUCCCCAUGACCUGCUUCACUUGUACAGGGAGCAUCAGCUGCAGCAGCAGCACUGUUUCCCCAGCUGGCCCCCACGGCAGCCCUUUCUGCUGGACUCCAGCAACAGGCUGGGCUUCUUCCAGAAAGCCCAUACUUACCCCGAUGCCUCUUACAGUGACUACUGCUCCCCCCCAGCUGCAAGGCCACCCUCUGCCCAGCAAGCAAAACACUGGGAGCUGUGCUCCCUUUUCCCUUACGGCGAGGUGAACCACGUCAUGGCUUUGUACGCCAGUAUCAAGGAUAUUGCUAGCUUGACUUUACUGAUUCAAAGACACAGAAACUUGUGAAGCCUCCAGAUCAAGCCUUUCCCAACAAGCACAAGCCCUGGGGCAAAAAGAUGCUACUCUGGGGCUUAACUAAGUGUUAUUAAAGGGCUUUAUGGCAAGGGUUAUAGCUGUUCCAGGAGCACAACCAGCUCCAUGUUGCAUGGGGCACCAAGUCAAGGCAACCGCUGCUGUUCACUGCCAUGGGAUCUCAUUCACCUCCCAUGGAAGGGAAGGGGAAGGCUCAGGGUAACUGGGCCAUCAGCAUUUGAACCUUGCUGGUGACUGAUUUCAGGAUGGCAUGGAUCUUCAUUAAUGCCUUGUAACACUAGACAUGUUUUUAAAGUCCUAAUCUAUUGUUUAACUACCAAAAAAGAACCAUGCUCCAAGGUCUCCAGUAAAGGGCUCUCCAUAGACUGCCCCCCCCAUGACUACUUGCUCAGCUAGUAUAGAAAGUAAUUUGGCUUAGUUCCCCUAAUCCAGGGCUGUGCUGUCUGCCAGAAGGCAUCUUUAGGUUCAUGUUAUUGCCUGAUACAGGCCCAGCAAGCUUGCAAAGAUCCAUCUUGUGUUUAUGAACCAAUGCUGUGAACACAUAGAAUCCCUGGCAGAGGUGGUGGAGGUGCACCGGAGCGCUAGAAGAUGGCUGCAGGUACGUUUCUCAGGGAUCACGCACAAUGUAAGUCAAAUCAUGAAAGUCAUCUUCAAUGUGAGUCCUGGUGUGAACUCGGGGCUCGGGGUUGUUAAUUCAAAAACAAAGAAACCCAGGGGGCGGGGGAACUUUAAAGCAUCUCUGUUUCAUCAAACAAGAAAACUAUUGUUUACUUAACCCUUAGUUACCAAACAUGGUCCCGUAAUGCAAUUAUACAGCUGACCUAUGAUUACAAACAUUUAAACUGUGUGCUGCUGGGACAUGUUUGAUUUUUCAGUAAGAUGUAAAGCUGCUAAUCUCUGCAUUAUACCACUGAAUUCUUCAGGUUAUAAUACAAAUAUUAAGGUUGAUCCUGAAGGUUUUUGGCAUUAUACCAAAGUCUAAGUAUGUCAGUAUGACAUGUUUUAAAAAUGCUUUAACACAUAAACUGGUCAUCUAGAACACUUUGUUCUGAAUAAUGUAGUCUUUUUUUCUUUUUUUUUUUUUUCCCCCAUUCCUCUUAGUACUGAUGCUUCAUCAAGUCCAACAUUCAGGGGACAUUUAGAAGCUCUCUGCCCCUGCAGUAUCUCUGCUAGGUUCUUCUCUGAAGUGCAGUUGGUAAUGUU